GCCACUGGCAGUACGCGCAAGCACUAGCAGUGACGGCCGACACAGCGCAGGAGAAUGGCUGUGUCGAUCGGCGAAAUUUGCGAAAACACAAAACUGGCCAGGGAAAUGGCCCUGACCGGAAACUACGAGACGGCCGGAGUUUAUUAUCAAGGGGUGGUCCAGCAGAUUCACCGACUCCUCACCUCCAUCACCGACACGACACGCAGAGCCAAAUGGCAGCAGGUGCAGCAGCAAAUCGCCGACGAGUACGAACAAGUCAAGGGCAUCACCAACACUCUGCAGCUUUUUAAAAUCGACGGACACCUGGACAGGCCUCUAGGAGGUUCAACGUCCUACAAUUUUUCCGCCUUUGAAGAGCCGACGAGAGACCCUGACGUCUGGGGCCCCCCUCCGCCCAGAGAUCCAGACGUGUGGCCUGCCCCGACAGUCGUUGAACACAAGAGUGGCACGCCUGUCAGGACAAUUCGCGGCACCAAAAAAGGAGGAAACGACACUGGCAGCCGGACCGGCACCCUGAGGGGCACCAGGGGCGGCUCGACGUCGGCCAAUAAAAAGGACGCAGGAAAAACGCCCACGAAGGGGAAAUCGGAGCCAACCCCAAGAAGUGCGAGGACGGCGAAAGGAGCUUCAGAUUCGAAAGACGAUAAGGAGAAAACAGACAGGUCGGAAAAGGACGGGGAGAGUGAGGGGAAAGAUGAGCCCGAGGAGGAGGAGAAGAGGUUCGACCCGUCAGGGUACGACAGGGAACUCGUUGACAUGCUUGAACGAGACAUUGUGCAGAAAAAUCCGAAUAUUCGCUGGGACGAUAUUGCCGACCUCCACCAAGCUAAGCGGCUCCUAGAAGAAGCUGUAGUUUUGCCCAUGUGGAUGCCAGACUUUUUCAAAGGUAUCAGGCGACCCUGGCGUGGAGUAUUGAUGGUCGGGCCUCCAGGCACGGGUAAAACGAUGUUGGCCAAAGCGGUGGCGACCGAGUGCGGCACCACGUUCUUCAACGUCUCCUCCUCGACGCUGACGUCCAAGUACCGAGGCGAGUCGGAAAAGCUGGUCCGCCUGCUCUUUGAAAUGGCUCGAUUCUACGCUCCGUCCACGAUUUUCAUUGACGAAAUCGACUCGCUGUGCUCCAGGCGCGGAUCUGCCUCUGAGCACGAAGCCUCCAGGAGAGUCAAGUCUGAGCUUCUCGUGCAGAUGGACGGAAUUAGCUCUGCUAGCGAUGAGCCUGAAAAGGUAGUGAUGGUGUUGGCGGCCACGAAUUUCCCCUGGGACAUCGACGAGGCGUUGAGACGACGUCUAGAGAAGCGAAUCUACAUUCCGUUACCUGGCAGCGAGGGUCGAGAGGCGUUGCUGCGCAUCAACUUACGAGAAGUACAGAUCAGCGACGACGUUGACCUCAAGGACAUUGCCGAAAAGCUGCAGGGAUACUCUGGCGCCGACAUUACCAACGUCUGCAGGGACGCGUCGAUGAUGGCGAUGCGGAGGAAAAUCGCCGGCAUGAAGCCAGAGCAGAUAAAACUGUUGGCAAAGGAAGAGUUGGAUUUGCCUGUCAGCCACAAGGAUUUCUGCGACGCACUCGCCAAGUGCAACAAAUCCGUGAGCCAAGAGGACCUUGACAAAUACGAACAGUGGAUGAACGAGUUUGGCUCUGCGUAAUUUUGUGAUUUUAAUCAAAACGACACCUUGUGAUAAUUUGUACUUAAAAAAAAACACCUCGUUGAGUCGUGCUAAUCACUUUUAAGAUCUGCUCAAAGCAUUUUCGAAACGACUAAUCCCUCGAAUUUCAUUCCGAUCUUUACGAAGCGUUAGUCAAAUUCUUUAAAGGGACCAAAAUGACUAAUGGGAAAUCUAUGUUAAGAUUUUUUUAAUACCCAGUUGAAAUGUUUAUUAAAUUUGUCUUCAUUGUUACAAAUAUAUUGUCUUCUAGUGUUGCCAGUGCACUUUUAUCAACAGUAUUAAAUCCAGACUUAAUUAAUUGCAACAA